GUACCCCUAUCCCGGGACCGAACAAACCGUGUCUUCGCCACCCUCCACUCCCUGGGAAUUCCGCAGCACCUGGCCCCUCGAGGACUUCUUAAGCGAACCUUAGGUUCAGGAGGAGAAAAAGCUACAGAUACCUCUGUGCUGUCUGAGCUCACUGGAAUCUGCUCCCACCAAGAUAAAUCCACUUCCAGGGAUCAGGAGACAUCAGCCUGCUUGUUGGACAGAGGAUUCUACUGCACCCUGGAGGAGGGAGGAAUUGAUCCCCUACCUUCUCAGGUGCCUGUACACCAUGACCUAGAGUCCUCCCAUGUGGAUCCUGGCAAUUCUCCUGACUGGCUUCGAAUUCGGACCCUGCUGCAGCAGCUGCCUCCACAAGACAGUGAUGAACGGUAUUGUUCAAUGCUUGGGGAAGAAGAGAGAUUCCAGCUUCGGCUGUUCAGUGCCCAUCGGAGACAGCAGGCCCUGGGUCAGGGGGUCAUCCGAUUGGUGCCUCCUGGGUUUGAAGGGCAUAUGUGUGAAAAGUGUGGUGCAAAUCUGAAACCAGGUGAGCCUGGGGUGUUUGCAGCUAGAGCAGGGGAGAGUUGCUGCUGGCAUCCUGGCUGCUUCACCUGUCAGGCCUGUAGCCAGGCUCUCCUAGACCUGAUCUAUUUCUACCACAAGGGGCACCUGUACUGUGGCAGGCACCAUGCGGAGUUGCUCAGACCUCGCUGUCCUGCCUGUGACCAACUCAUCUUCUCUGGCAGGUGCACAGAGGCUGCAGGGAGACGCUGGCAUGAAGAUCAUUUCUGCUGCUUAGAUUGUACAAGACCUCUUAGCUCUGGGCAGUAUGCUCUGCCUGGCAGUGGUCCCUGCUGCUCCAAAUGCUUUGAAAGUCGCCUUCACUCUGAUCCUGACCCCAGCCAGCCUGGAGGAGAGACCCUUGCCUCCCAGAGCAAUGAUCCUACUGCUGUUUCCUCCAGUUCCCACUAUGAAAGCAGGAUGGAGCAGCUUAGAGACAGUCCUGAGAAAGAUGAGAGUCCCCAGAGCUUCCUAAACAAUGCUGGGAUCCUUGAGAAGAACCCCACAGGGAGAAGACUGAGUAGCUCUUUGAGGACCCCAGAUCCAAGGGAGGAUGCGCCCUGCCCCACUUGCUCUUCCUCUUCGGACUCUGAGCCUGAUGGCUUUUUUCUUGGACAGCCACUACCCCAGCCCCGGGUCGGGAGCCCUGCUGAUCCUGACAGUCUCCUGCAUGCUGGGGGCAGAGCCCCAGGAAGACAGUGUAGGGUCUGCUAGAAUUCUGCCCUCCUCACCUCACCCUUACUACUGUCUCAGAUGCAGAUGAGGAAAUGUGAACCUGAGCCUCUGUCCUGGACAGAAGACUUUCCCCUCUAGAAAAUGGAGCCUGGAGUCCUCAGUGAAGCAGGUUGGAAACCACCAAGGACAUUGACAUUUCAGCAGU